AUGGAGGAAAAGUGUUGUGCCCAUGUCCGCAACGAGUACAACUAUUGUUAGAGUAGAAAUGAGGGGUAUCAUCUUGAGCUUACGAAGCAAUAAUAGCUAGAGCCAAAGGAGUAGAGGAGACGUCUAGAAAGGAAGAGAAGGAGUAGAUUGACAUAUCAGUGGUGACCCAAAAGGCUACCUAGAAGAUGGAGGUAAGAUCAGACAUGAAAUCUCCAAAGAGAAUAGACCCUUAAAUCUAGGAUGUGAUGGAUGAAUGAAGUCCACUAAUAUAAAUAAUGUGGUUCUAAGUUGUUAUUAGAAUCAUCAAUCAAUUUUAAUAAUUUAUAGAACUAGAUUUAUUAAAAUAAAAUGGUGGUGAGCUAGGUCAUCUCCUCAGAGAAGGCUUUUAAAAAUAUUUUUAUUCUUUAAUUUAAAGAAUUAUAAAAUUGAUUAGAAGAUUUAAAUUGAUAUUCAAAGCAAUAAAGCAAAUAAAAUGGCAAAUAAAUAUAAAGAUGAAUUUUAAAAUUGAAUAAAUUAAAAUCAGUAAACUAAAUAUGCUUUGGAAUGAUAAAAUAGAAGAGAAAUAAUUAAAUAAAUGAUUAAACCUAAGAAAAUAAAAUUAUUUUAUAGAUUAGACAAGAAAAUAAUAAAAACUCUAUUAAAAAUCAAAGUUACAAACCCUUAGAAUGCAUGGUUUGAUGUCAACUUCUAGGUAGCGCUUCUCAGUCUUGCAUCUAAUUCUACAUAAUGGAUUUAAGGUGAAAAAGGUAGAGGAGAAUAGUCAAAAUCAACGAUGUACUCUUCAAAUUCCUAUUUUCAUAUGA